CGGGGUUUUGCGGCUGGGGUGUUUGGCGUCAGCGGCGCCUGCGGAGGGAAGAUCCGGAGCGGCUUCCAGGCCCUUCGGCGGUAGUCACUGUUUCUGGUUCGUGCGCUGGGGCCCGAGGGCCUUCAAAGAAAAAAACAGUUCAAUUAUUAGGAUGCUCAUGUCAUCAGGAAUGGCACCAGAAAACCUUAAGACAGCCAAGGUUACUGAUACAGAAGAAAAUGUGAAGUGCAACAUUGAUCAGGUAGAAAGCAAAGAAUUGCCACUGGAAAAGAUGGAGAAUAUUGAAACAAUGUCAAAAAGGCAAAGAAAGAAGCUAAUGAAGCAGAAACAGUGGGAAGAACAAAGAGUCUUGCGCAAGCAAAAACGUAAAGAAAAGCGCUUGAAGAGAAAAAUGGAGCGCCAAUCCCAGCUGGAAUCAAAUGGUGAAGGAAGUGUCAGAAAACGUAUGCGUAGGGAUAUUGUUCCUAGUGCACUUCGGCUUAUAAUAGACUGCAGUUUUGACAAUUUAAUGGAGUUAAAGGAUGUCAAGAAACUUCACAAGCAAAUUCAGAGGUGUUAUGCAGAAAAUCGUAAAGCGCUUCAUCCUGUUCAGUUUUACUUGACCAGUCAUGGAGGCCAGCUGAAAGACAACAUGAAUGAAACAGACAAGGGAUGGAUAAAUUGGAAGGAUAUUCAUAUUAAACCAGCUCAUUAUAGUGAACUGAUGAAGAAAGAAGAUCUUGUUUACCUUACCUCAGAUUCUCCAGAUGUCUUGAGUGAAUUAGAUGAAUCAAAAGCCUAUGUUAUUGGGGGCUUGGUUGAUCACAAUCAUCACAAGGUAGAUCACUAAUUAUUAUAAUUCUGUG